UGUAGAGCAUGCUACCUUCAGAUGGGCUUUGAGGAAAUGUGGGUCUUUAACCGACAAACAAUAGCGCUCUUGCAAAUCGCAUUACCUCAAGUCAUUUUUAUUGCUUUUCGGGAAACGGACGGAGUCAUCGGGGCUCAGUUAUAGAGGUAUUUCACGCCCCCGAAGGCCAGAAAGCGGCGAAAAAGAAUAGCAUAACCUACUGACUCCUAAGUGAAUCAUUUUCAGGUCUGUAAUAUUGGCUGAAGGACCGUGUAAACGCGGCUUGUAAAAGGAUCCCACCGUGGUUGGUUGUAGUGUAUAGAGAGGAGCCUACUCAGCUCUCCAGGCUCCUCAGUCAUGGCUCUGCUGGCCUACCUGAAGAGCCUGUUUGUCCUGCAGUUGCUGAUGGGCUUUGUGUUUGUGGUGAGCGGCCUCAUCAUAAACUUCAUCCAGCUCUGCACCUGCAUCCUCUGGCCGAUCAACAAACAGCUCUACCGCAGAAUCAACUGCCGGCUCUCCUACUCCCUCUGGAGUCAGCUGGUGAUGCUGCUGGAGUGGUGGUCGGGCACAGAAUGCACCCUAUACACCGACCAGGCUACGGUGGAUAAGUUUGGCAAAGAGCAUGUCAUCAUCAUCCUCAACCACAACUUUGAAAUCGACUUCCUCUGUGGCUGGACCAUGUGUGAAAGAUUUGGCAUCUUAGGGAGUUCAAAAGUGCUAGCCAAGCAUGAGCUGCUGAAGGUUCCUCUGAUUGGCUGGACCUGGUACUUCCUAGAAAUAGUCUUCUGCAAAAGAAAGUGGGAGGAGGACCGAAAGACUGUCUUCAAAGGACUGGACAGGCUCAAAGACUACCCUGAAUAUAUGUGGUUUCUUCUGUAUUGCGAGGGCACCCGUUUUACAGAGAAGAAACACCAAAUCAGUAUGCAGGUUGCAGAGAGUAAAGGCCUGCCCAAGCUCAAAUACCACCUACUACCCCGAACCAAAGGAUUCACCACAACACUGCAGUGUCUUAAGGGCACAGUAACUGCUGUAUAUGAUGUGACUCUCAACUUCAAAGACAACCAAACUCCCACUCUGCUGGGCAUCGUCAACGGCAAGAAAUACAAAGCUGACAUGAGCGUAAGGCGGUUCUCUGUGGAGGAUAUACCAGAUGAUGAGGAGGAGUGUGCCAGCUGGCUGCACAAGCUCUACCAGGAGAAGGAUGCCUUACAGGAAUUCUACAGCAAAGAAGGCAAGUUCCCCGGACCCACAGUAAUCCCACAUCGCCGACCAUGGACGCUGCUGAACUUCCUGUUUUGGGCCAGCCUGCUGCUUUCACCCCUCAUCAACUUUGCUUGUGGAGUGGUUGUCAGUGGCUCCCCUCUCCUCAUCAUUGGCUUCAUCAUAUUCCUCAUCAUAGCCUCCAUAGCUAUCCGUCGCCUCAUAGGGGUCACCGAGGUGAAGAAAACAGGCUCCAGUUACGGCGACCAGGAGGCCAAGAAACAAAACUAAAGUGUGUCACCCCGCCCCUCCCAUGUACGGCUGUAUCUGUGUGGUUGCCCUGCGGUGUCUUACCCGUACCCGACUCCAUUCUCCUCCUACUGUUGAGUCAGUUGGUUGGCCGGGGAGGAGAACCAGCUGUGAAAACAUAAUAGACACCAGAGUUAGAAAUACUAAUGGCACUAGAGUGAGAGAGAGCAUGGAAUGUCUGGGGGUUCAAGCUCUCUGGUGUAACACAAAACAAAAGGAGGGGGAGAUGCAUUACUGUAUUCCCCUGCAUCUUUCUUGAUCCAGCAAGUCCCCAUCCCGGCCCCAUUAAAUCCCGAAAACACCCGAGGUCAAGCUCCUAACCUGUCUGAGGUCACAUGGACAGCCAGUCCGCCCAUUUUCUGCUCUGCACUACGUACCCCCACUUCCUGUCACAGGGAGUGGGGGCGUGCUCAUUCUUUUUGCCCACAUAACACAAACCGUUCCGUAACUGAUUUUUUUUUUUUUUUUUUAAUUUAAUUUUUUUUAAAAUCAUCUUAUCUUAACCUCCAUCCAGGGGCAGUGCGUUACUGAAACAGCAAUCUGUAAUAUGCAUGACGCGUCUCUCCCUUUUUUCACUAAGUGGGACUUGUAAUGGGAACCGGUGCUUUAAGGCCCAGUCUGGUUUCCUCAAUCUUAAGGGUCAAUUCACCCAAAUCUCAAAGAAAUUUAACCAUUUAACCUCUACGUAUCUAGCAUUGCAGAUAGUUUUGGUUUUUAUACGCUUUUAUACUGAGAUUUCCACUACCAUACCAAAAAAGGGAGGUGAAAAAAAUUUUGUUCAUGAUGCUCAAAUCAUUGUAACGUAUAUUUGAAAACCUUAACAGCAGAGCGUCUUUCCAGAAAUAGUGUCUGAGUAACUCGGGUAACUACCAACAGUUUUCAUCAGAAACUAUGUUUCGAAUGUAAAAAAUUGCGAAAACAUCACUGACAUGGAGUAGUGGGCAGAUUGGUUCUAUGAAGACACAUUACUCUUGAGUUUUUCAAAUCCCAUUUUCAAUCUUUUGAGAACCGCCAGUGACAUCCACCUCCAUUGUACUAGGUUAUGAGUCUCAGAGCACAGAUCUCAAAAGGUAAAUCCCGCAUCAUCUCCAGGGCUAGAUAUCACAAGGGUGAAGUGGGGAAAAUCCUUUUUUUACUUUAAUCACAUGAUCUUGGUGAAUUGACCCAUUAACACCCUGGUUUGGAGAUGAUGGUGUCUGUUAAACUACAACAAGGGCUCUGAAUGUGAAAACUGUCCUUAUCAAGGAUACCUACCAUCUGUUACAGGUCUCGUUCGUAGCCCGCAGCACCAACACCCACAGAUUCAUUCGAAAACAUUUCAAUUCUCUUUCCAAUCUGUUUCUAUUUUCACUGGAUUUACACAGAUGUGAAGUUGCACACGUUAUUCAUUUUUCAACAUAACUGGACCAUUUCUGACCCCCUAAAUGUGAUGUUAAUUCAGACAGCAAUCCCAGUCUGAACACUGAAGUAGUAGAACAUACCAAACCCCCUCUGAUGCCAGUUAAAAUGCAGCUCACACUGCUCGGGGUUCAUGUGUUGAAUGACAGUGGACCCAGAUUCCAGAAAACAGUCACCAACUGUCGUCACGUAGCCUCACGGCUGUUAGAAUAUGAUUUUGCUCUCCUGCUAUAGACCGUAGUAGUGAUGUUUUAACCUUUGCCUUAAAUCAAGCUUGCUCAGGCAAGGGAUUGCUUAUUCGCCAGCCCUUUAAAACAGCACCCCCCACUCUUACCUCUCUUGUGUUUGAGUACUCACCCUCUCUUCCUCCCAUUACAGCAGUGCACGGUGGAGUAGCGCACAUUCAUUUGGUUUGAUCACCAAAAUGUAUGAAUAAUUGCAAACCACUGUCAGUCUUUAAAAUGGAAAGCUAGGAAGGUGUUGGUUUGUCAAAGGCGUCUUUGGAACUGUGUAGAGCGCCAUUAGUUAAAGAAGCUGUUUACACUCCAUGUGCAGGGCAGCUUUGUUUCUCUGGAUGUCAGCACAGCGACACUUAGCCAUUGUUGGUGCACUUUCUGUUUCGCACAUUUCACGGUUUUAGAAUCGGUCACCCCAGAGUUGGUUGUUUUUAAAUGUCUCUCAAAUUAAACGUUUGCUGCUGCAGUACAUGAGUGGAUCUCUUCUGGUGUGACGAGCCACAUUUCGUGGUCCCCAAAUACAAACAAUGGUAGCAAGACACGGAGGGGAUAUUUUGUGUCCUGCUCUCUCCUCCCCUCUGCCCUCCCGUGCCACAUGUGGUAUUAAUCUUAGAUUUUGUUUUGUCUGUUUCAAAUUUUUCGGGAUCAUCACUCCUCAGCAGCGAUAUGUUGUGCACUUCCUGUAGAGUUUUCUCAACCCAGACGGAUUUCAUGCAAGCCUUAAUAGACAGUGCUGCUUAAUUUUUGUGUGAAAAUGUAGAAUCUAACUGAGCCCCUGUUGUAGUGAAGGAACAAUGUGUGAAAAAUGUCCUCCAGUAUAGCAAGCAGGUUGCUGGAAUUAGUUGUCAAGUGACUUGUUCUGAAGUUUUAACAUAAAGAAAUAAAAUGAACUGAGAACGGAUAAAGUCAUGUUCUUAAUUAAUCCACAUUUUUUACACAAAGAUGCUUGGAGUUGCAUUACCUCCAGAUAUUUGUUAAAAGCUUUAGGAUUUUUAGCUUGUUAUCUUUUUCUUCAAGGGAUCUGUUUCUCCUUACAUCCCAACACGCGGCAUCAAAUAAAAAUGCACUCCAAUCCAUCCAUUCAUUCAGUAAAAAACAUUUUCCGAAGCAGAAAGAAUUCAAACGUACGACCCAGUAUUUAGAAAAACUUUUUACACUGGAUGUUUUUUAUUCAGUAAAAGAAAUAAAACUAACUUGUGGUUGCUUUUUUUUCCUUUUCUGAAUUCUCUACCAGAACCCAAUAACAGUACAAAUUGACACCACUUUAUGAAUUUUCUAAAUCUCAGAGAUAAUUCCGUUAGUGGCACCUCUUUCGUCAGCUUUUGUUUCGUUUUCUAACGCUAUUUUUAUGUUUUCUUCAAUUAAAACACUUGAGAAUAUUAAAGGAUUUAACCACAAAGCAA